UCGCGGCGGCAGCGGGCGGGACGCCAUCAUGCCCCUGUAUUACGAGGACAAGCUGGAGGGCAGCGCGUGCGCGGGCAUGAAGGAGGACCUGGGCGAGUGUCUGCUGCAGUCAGACUGUGUGCUGCAGGAAGGAAAAUCUCCUCGGCAGUGUUUGAAGGAAGGACACUGCAAAGCUUUGAGGUAUUCGUUUUUUGAGUGUAAAAGAUCAAUGUUCGAUGCCCGAUCAAGAUUCAGAGGAAGAAAAGGAUAUUGAUACCAUUAUGUUGAAACCAAGAUGAAAACAACAAAGGAUUACCU